AUGAAGAACUUGGAGAAUCGAGGGAAGCAAGAGGGAAAGGAUACGGUCUGUAUCCUGUCAAAUUCCCAGCCCUCUCCGCCUCCACCACCCCAAGCGUGCCUGGCCAAGUCGGCAGCACCCUGCAGGAGCCCCCGGGCUUUGGGCUGGCAGGGGCCUCUGGGGCUGGCAGGGCCCUUUGCGUGGCCGCGCGGUGUGACGCCCGGCGCCCUCGCCCGAGACGCCCACCCAAGCGCGGGGAAGGCGGGGGGCAGAGACGCCUCGGCCCCUGGAAGCCCUCAGCCCCGAGGCGAGGUGCCGGCCGAGCACGGCCUGAGGCCCGGCCAACCGCCCCGCCGCCGCCGCCUCCCCCUCCCCGCACAGGAAGCGGCGGCGGGCGGCGCCGGCAAUUUCCGGGUCGCCGGCCGGAGCGCGGCGGGGCCCGGGCCGCCCCUUGAUAUGGAUGACGGGAAGGACGAAAAAAACAGGACGCUCUGUGCAACCUCACAAGGAGAGCUGAAAGUCCGAGGAAAAGAAAAAAGGAAACGAAAACGCAGUAGAAGCAGAUCAUCAUCCAUUUCAUCCACAUCGUCUUCUAGUGCUGCAUCCACUUCUUCCUCAUCACGCUCAUCAUCGAGGUCGUCUUCUUCAAGUAGCAGAGAUUCUCCUAAGUCUAAAUCAAAGAAAAAGAAAAAAGAAAAACACAACAAAAAGAAAAGGAAAAAAGAGAACAAAAUGAAGAAAAAGAAAGAAAAGAAGAAAAAGAGAGAGAAAACGGGACCUGUCCAGCUUUCCAAGUUCUUUAAAAACAAAAAGAAGAAUGAAAACUACAGCAUGAUAACUGGAAAGAAAAUUAAGAUGAAAAUAAAGAAGACUAAGAAGGAUAAAGAGAGAGACCGGAAUCGUGCAGAACUCCUUGAAUUUCUGAACUCUGCCUUAUAAUGGGAAGAGUGCUGACCAAGGACUUGUAAAUAUACCAAGCCAACUAUCAUCAUGCCUAGCAAAACACUAAAGGGAAACUCAGGGAAAAGGACACCAAGUUUGACAAGACCAGACUCUCCUGCUGAGAAGACAAUCGGGAUGUCCUUUUUUAAUGGCAAAAUGAAGAGUAACUGAUAACUUGUUAAUGAAGAUCCAUGUCCUCCUUUUGAGAUCCUAAGGUAAUAGCCAGGCUGUGGUGUUUUAGAAGAGCCUAUAAGAGAGUGUGUUGUUGACAAUGAUAAGAAAUGACACACUGAAGUCCAAUAAUGAAAUUUCUAUCCUAACUGCAUGCAGAACGCACUCUUGAUUUCAAAUGUCUUAAUGUUUCUAGUAGUUUAAGCAAAGCAGAGUAUUUGUAAAUGUCUAUUUGAAAGAUGAGGCGUUUCUAUAUGUAUAUUUUUUCCAGUAGUGGUUUUACUUGUCCUAAAGAGCAAGUUGACCUUUGUAAAUAGAACAUGCUUUUACAUAAAUGAUUUUUGACAUUCGCUAA